AUGGAGACAAAGAGCACCGCCAUGGAGGAGGAUAUGAUGACGGACGUCAUCAUGGGGACUAUAGAAGUCAGGGCCACUAUGGUGAUCAUGGUCGGGGAGAAGAACAUCAUUAUGGCCGAGCAGCGUGUUGUAGCCCACAUAGUGCAGUGGUACAUUGAACAGGAUGCCACACUCCGCAGCAGUGUGAACGUGAGGAGUGGCAUCGUCUACGCAACAUCCACACCUGCCACAGCCUCUCUGCGAGUCACUAAUAGUGACAGCAAGGGCCGUAUGGACAAGUUCCGGAACGGCGAGCUCAAUAUACUUGUAUCUACAUCCGUGAGCGAGGAAGGCAUGGAUGUACCCGCGGCCAACUGUGUUAUCCGAUUUGAUGCGGUGCAGACACCCGUCUCUUUGGUGCAGAGUAGAGGCCGUGCGCGUCAGAAAGACAGCAACUUUGUUGUGCUGGCGGAGUCCACACAGGCGAACCGCACCGUCGCAUGCAUCCAGGAAGCAGAUCAUCGCCAGUACAAUCUAGUGACAGCCACGCCUUUCGACAAAUCGACUACCAACACCCAGGCAUCGCGCAAGAGACGCACGGAGGCCAAUGCACAGCGACAGAAGAGGGCCUUGGCUGUCCUGAAUAGCAGGCUAGUCGUAAGUGUUACGCCGGCGUAUACCGAGCUACUGAAUAUGUACGUGGCUCAGUGUGUGGGAGAGCUGGCAGUGUCCUUCGACAAAGUGACCUUCAGCAAGCACAGGUGCGCGUGGGUUUGUGAUUUUGUGUUGCUCGCGUGGUGUACCGAGAUGGGAAGCCUCGGCGGCAGCGGCUUCAAAACAAGAUGCAAAGACUCGGGCGGCACAAUAGAUGUUUGA